GGGGAGCACACAGCAGGCCAGGCGCAGAAUUCGCCAUGGCCACUUCCCAGAUGGAUUUCAACAUCAUGGCUGUGGAGGAGCUGUUGGGGGGCGCUUUCUUGCGCAUGGACCAGGGCGACCCUGAGGGAGCUUUGUCCUGCGCCCUGCAGGCCCUGCGAAUCAGCGCGGGCCCGGACGCGGCAGUGUGGGGCGCGCGGCAGUCGGCGCUGGAGGUUUGCCGUGCGAUCCUCCAGCGCGGCGGGAUUUUGGUGGACAGGGGGCACGAAGCUGUACUGAAGCAAGCCUUGCAGGACGGCUCCUCCGUGGUGUGCACUCGCUGUGGAGCCCUUGUCGCCUGGUCCAGGGCGGAGGCUCACCGGAGCAUUUGGUGCUCGAGCUUGGGCAAUGAGACGGAAUGUGACUCUGGCAGACCAGGCGCAAGCAGAGCACGCGCGAAGAGGGAAGAUUUGCUGCGGCUUAGGACCCGACGAUAUGGAGACUGACUGAUAGGCCUGCCAUUGCAUGCCUCAGAGUCUCAGUAGGUUCCCUGCCUCCAAAACGAGGGCAACGUCUUACAGGUUACAUGAAUUCAAGCCACAUGCAA